AUGGGUAUUAGAAUCGUAGAAAAUCAGACAUCAAUGGGUCAACGGAUCGCCAAGCAUCACAUGCAAUCAGGCGUGAAACUUUAUCAUCAACGGCGUCAUCAACAGGCCAUUACGCGUUGGCGGGCUGCUCUUCGACGUCUUACAAAUGUCGAAGAUCGUUUUAUAACACUUGGAUAUAUGGCCCAAGCUUAUUGUGAUGCUGGAGAUUACCAACAGAUGUUACAGUAUGCUUUGCAACAGAUGGAAUUAGCCAAUUUACAACAAGAUGAAUAUAUGAAAAGUGAAGCAUUCCUAAACUUGGCUAAAGCUUAUGAACGCUUGGCUGAUUUCAGCAAAGCCAUAGGCUAUGGACGUGCAAGUCUUCAACAUCAAAGUAUGGAUCCAAGAACUCCUGGCCAUGCACAUCUCGUGGUGGCAUUGUCACAACUUGGAUUCAGUCAAUUUCAAGCUAGUCUAGAAGCGUUCGAAAAAGCUAUGUCUAUCGCAAACCAGUCCUCGGAUAAGUUAUUAGAACUUCAAAUCUGUGUUGGACUUGGUGCUCUUUUUACAUUACUUAGGGAUUUAUCGAAGGCGAUGAUAUUUCUACAAAAUGCAGAAGCAAUACUGCAAGACAUAACCGUUGAUGAUGUGCACAUAAAAUAUCGCAGUAUAGUGCUUUAUCACUUAUCAGUAAAAUCAAUGCAUUUAGCUCAAGAAACAGGUAACCGAUCAGUUUAUGCUCGCUGCUUAUGCUCACUUGCUGAUAUAUGUCGGGAAUUAGGCGAGACAGAAGCUAAAGAAACUCUCAUAAAAAGUUGGUCUCGCUACGAAGAAGCAUAUCGAAUAAUGCGUCAGACGAACGAUCGAAUGGGUGAGAUAUUAGUUCUCGGUAGUAUGGCUAAAUCCGCAUCUCAGUGUCGUAGCUUUUAUACUGGUCAAUGUGAAUGUCAAGCAAUUCAGCUUAGUAAAAAGUGUUUAGAAGUUGCAAAAGCUGUUGGAUGUAAACAUGCAAUGAUGAAGUGCCAUCUAAGGCUACAAGAUUUGUAUAAGCAGUUAUCUGAUGAAGAAAGCGAAGAAUUAGCUAGAAGAGCUGUAAUAUCGCUAACUCAAGAAAUGGAAUUAUUUUGCAAUUUUUGUGGUCAACGAUAUGGCUUACACGACGAUUCACUACAAGCACUUCGAUGUUCACAUAUUUUUCAUGAAAGGUGCUUACAAGUAUAUUUAAGUGAACAUCCGAGUGCUAAUUGCCCGAAAUGUCAAUGUCGCGCAAUUCUGAUGGAUAAUAUAUCAGUGAGUACACUAUCAGAUUCAUCAACUGUUACUGACUUUCGAUCACCUUUUACAUUUGCAGAAAUGCGAAAGUCAUCAAUGAUAUCAGAAAAAGAAUUAAUUACGAGUACAAGUAUGAUAGAACCGAUAUUAUUAGACAGUCAUUCAAAUCCAUCAAAUUUGCAACAACGACCAAAAUUAAAAAGUGCGCAAGUAAGCGUAGAAUCAUCAUCAUCUUAUCCAACAAGAAUCACUCCUGUGUUUGAAUCUGUCCAAUUGAAUGCUACUUCAACUGGUUUUCAAAAACAAAAACGACCACCACCGCCACCUUUACGAAAAUUGCCAAGUUAUAAAAUUGAUGGUGAAAUUCCAAUUUCAUCGGUGCUAAAUUAUUCUGAAGAAGAGCUUAGGGCUGGUCGACCAUUGGUCUUGCCCCGUGGCUUGACAGUAACUGAUGUUUAG